AUGGCUACAGGUCAUCAGCAUGAUGCUCCCAAGAGCCGCCGGGUCGGGGAGCAUUGGAGUGGUGCCAAUCCUAUUCCAACAAUAAGUCACUUUAUGAAACAUGUCGAAGACGAAAAAAAGGAACGCAAUCUCAGGAUAGACGAAGAACACCGGGCUAAUAAAGAAAGGAUUGCACAUGAAAAAGCGCAAGGAACCUAUGGAGAGCAAUCAGAGCACGCAGAUCAAAAGGAUCAAGCCGAGGGAGGUGCUGUCGCUCAUAAGCCACGCGAAGUCUCCCAGGCCAGGAUUCGUACCGUGACAGACCCAACUACGGGCAAGGAGAUCGGCGUGGAAGACCUAGAUGAGACAUGCAUGGAUACUGUAAAUAAUCCAAUGUUGACGGUUCCGAAUGCGAAUCUUGGGAAGCCCACGGACAUCCAAACAAGUGCCGACCAAGAUCUUGCAGAGUAUAAAAAGAUACAGGACAUUACCGCACCUCCCGAUCCUAUCGCCGAGGGUACAACCUCCGAUGUUCCCAUUCGAGGAGAAAAGACGAACGUUCUGUUCCACCCCACGCCUACUGUCACGUAUCAGCCUAUGUUUGACGCACUGCAGAAGCGUACCACUGGCAUUUGCAUUGGGAUACCUGUUGCCAUAAUCAUACUAGGGCGGAUGUGCGGGGGAUCCCUUUGGGGUCUUGUUCCCUUAGCCGCAUGCAUUACGAGUGGAAUAUGGUUAUGGAUGAAGGAAGUCAUUCGCAGCGGUCGCGCAAUGGAGUGGGAGAGUGAGCAUCUUCGCGGUCAGAUGGCUACUGCCAAUCUCCUUCCUGAAUCUGUGGAGUGGUUGAACAGUUUCCUCGGUGUCGUGUGGGGGCUCGUUAACCCGGAAAUGCUGACACCUGUGGCCGACACAAUCGAAGAUAUCAUGCAAGUCUCUGCACCCAAGGUUGUAGAGAAUGUUCGCAUCGCAGCAAUUGACCAGGGCAGCAACCCACUCCGGAUUCUAAGCAUGCGGGCUCUCCCCGAUGAUCAUGUGGAAGGUUUGAAGGAAAACAUCCGCGAGGAAAACAAAAAGAAUAAGGACCCACAGGAAGCUGCUGCUGCCGAAGAAGGAGGGAGUUACUACAACAUGGAAGCCUCCUUUGCCUAUCACGCAAGCCCAACUGGUCACAGUGCGUCAUCGAAAGCACGCAACAUGCACAUGCAACUUGUAUUCUAUCUGGGCAUUCGAGGCCUAUUUGGUGUGCCAUUUCCCGUAUUCGUGGAGCUGAUUGAACUUGUCGGGACUGUCCGCUUGCGCUUCCAAAUGAUGCCCGAACCACCAUUCAUGAAAGAUGUGACGUUCACUUUAGUUGGAAUUCCCCACGUUCGAGCAGGCUGCAUGCCAAUGUUCCGAACGGGUGUGAAUGUUCUGAACUUACCGUUGAUCUCCAACUUUGUCAACUCCGCCAUUAGUACCGCUUGUGGCAUGUUUGCAGCCCCCAAGUCCAUGACCAUGGAUCUCGGCAUGAUGUUGACAGGAGAUGACAUCCACAAGGAUACUUUGGCACUGGGUGUGAUGUGGAUUCGGAUUCACCGCGCUGUUGGCUUGAGUAAACAGGAUGCUCGCGGUAGCGAGGGUGGCGGCAGCGACCCAUACAUCAACCUGUCCUUCUCAAAGUAUGGCAAGCCCAUGUAUUGCACACGUGUGAUUACGGAUGACCUCAAUCCGAUUUGGGAAGAGACUGCCGCCCUUCUUGUGACGCCGGAAUUGAUCAAGGCCAAUGAAAACCUGAGCAUCGAGCUCUGGGACUCUGACCGCAACACCGCGGAUGAUAUUGUCGGCAAGGUCGAGCUACCUAUCCGGGAGAUGCUUCAGCAUCCCAGUCAGAUGUAUCCCCAGGUCUCGAAGCUCCAGGGUAUGGAUCAGGGCAGUGAAAUGCCCGGUGAGCUGCAUUGGGAAGUUGGCUACUUCGGGAAACCAAAGCUUCGCCCUGAGCUGCGUACUGAUGGCCAGAAGAAAGACCUUCCUGAAAACCUCAGAGGCGAUCCGACUUUCGAAGACGAAAAGGGGGCUAUCAAAAACGAAGAGGAGGAUGCCAUUAUGCAUACACCACCCGAUCCAAUCUGGCCUAGCGGUAUUGUGCACAUUGUUGUGCACCAGAUUGUCAACCUUCAGCUUGCCAAUAUCAAGGGCAGUGAUGGGAACCGCAAGGGCAAAGAGUAUGAGCCAGCGAAGCCAUAUGGUGAGAACACAGAGGAGGAAGGUGAAGAUCUCCCAACGAGUUACUGCAUGGUUUUGUUGAACGACCAACUGAUCUAUCGCACUCGUGCGAAGGCUGUGAGCUCCAAGCCCAUCUUCAACGCAGGAACUGAGCGAUUUGUCCGCGACUGGCGCUCAGCUGCUGUGACCAUCACCGUCCGUGACCAACGCUAUCGCGAGCAUGACCCUAUCCUUGGCGUGGUUCCUCUGAAGCUAUCUGAUAUCCUUCAAACCAGCUCACAAGUAACCCGCUGGUAUCCUCUCGACGGUGGUAUUGGGUUUGGACGUAUCCGCCUUUCUCUUUUGUUCCGCCAUGUGGAGACCAAGCUGCCACCUUGCAUGCUUGGCUGGGAUGUCGGCACCUUUGAAUUUGCUGGACAGAACAUCAUCGCGAAGGACUUUGGUCGACACUCUAAGAUCAAGCUGCGCACCGGGGGCAGCGUUGGCAAGAUCACCCGGCACAAGUGCCACAUGGAAGGCAAUGACGCGAUAUUCGAUAUCUCCGAUGACGCUUUCCGCGACUCAAUUCGCAUGCCUGUAAAGUACCGAUACCGCUCCCCGAUAGUAUUCGAGUUCCACAACCCGGGCAAGCGAGGCGCAGCCGCAUACGGUAUUCUGUGGCUCCAACAUAUUGUCGACAACGAGGAAACAGACAUUGACAUUCCCAUCUGGACAACAAAGAUGGGCGCUCGCUUGACACAGAAUUACGUCACGGAGGAGAACUGGAAGGCCAAGCAGGUACCUGGACUCGAAGACUUGACAGAGGUGGGACGUCUGCAAUUCCGAUGCAAGUUCUCACCGGGCAUUGACGAAUCACACGAGCUCUUCGUGAUUGACAACGACUCCCGUGAGACCUUCGAGACGUGGGAAGCGUGCGUGUCCCAGGGUGUCCGUACCAGCACGGUGGAGGUCGAAGUUCCUCCUGAAGUGCAGGAAUUGCACGAGCAGUCUCUGAUCGAAGGACGGGACAUCUUGAAGCAAGCCUCGCCCUCUGAGCGUCAGCGGUGGAUUGACCACGACGGCCAAGACUGGAGUGGAGCGUUCGGUCAAGACCCGCGGGCGUACACUGAUUCCCUCGGACGCAAAAUCGCUGAGCCUGGCCGGGACCAACCGCCCCAUGACCCGUACACCCCUCCGCCUCUCAAGGAUCCAUCUUCUCAUCGAUCCAGUUCUCAAUAUGGAGAGCACCACAACGAGGACACCUCGGAGUCAAAUGACGAGCUCGAGCCCUUGUCGAGAGGACCCUCGACCAUCAGUGGCAGUGGACCUGGGACGUCUGCGUCACACAGCAAUAUGAGUACUCGCCAGAUCAACAAGGCGAAUAAACACAGCGAGCAGCGACAGCAGCGUGGUAUGAUGCAGUGGCGGCCUGCGCGCAAUGCUGCUUUUGCUAAAGACGAGGCCAAGUAUGCGUUCCGGAAGAUGAAGAAGAAGAUCGGUGCUGGUGGUCUCACUGGUCGCGAGCCAGAUGUCGAGACGGAGACUUGA